AUGAGUACGAUUUGCACAAAUAUCAUACUUCAGGGUCAGGAAGAAGAGAUUGCUCGUCUGCGCACAGAAGUCAGUGAUUUGGCUCGACAAGAGGCAACUAUUCAGGACAAGUUAGUAGAAAACAAACGCCGACUCGAGGCUAUAGAUGCCGAAAACCAACUAGCAAAGAUGCGAAUUGAAAAGGUGGGUUUUAUAAUCGAGUUCAAAUUCAUUUUUUUUAUUUUUUUAGUUUUGGACUAUCACUUCUUGGCAUUGUGUGUAUCUGUCUAG